GCUAACCCUGGAGCCGACGUUGUAGUUUGUGAUUGGCUGUGUGCGGUUCAAUGCAUGGUGUAUAGGAAAUAGUGAGGACUCUGUUCAGCUAGAGGUGAAUGAGCAGAGUGUAUAUGUGGUAACAGCCGGAGGGAUUGCCUUACAGGAGCCAUGAAGAUCGGCCGUUUACCGCUGAGCAGCGUGUGUCUCCUGCUCGUUUAUGUGCUGGGAAUGGUGGCCGCAGGGCGUGAUUUCUAUAAAAUCCUGGGGGUAUCGCGCAGUGCUACUGUGAAGGAAAUAAAGAAGGCAUAUAGAAAACUAGCAUUACAGUUGCAUCCAGACCGGAAUCCAGAUGAUCCACAAGCACAAGAAAAAUUUCAAGAUUUAGGUGCUGCUUAUGAGGUGCUUUCUGAUGAAGAAAAAAGAAAACAGUAUGAUGCAUAUGGCGAAGAAGGACUUAAAGAUGGUCAUCAAAGUUCUCACGGUGAUAUAUUCUCACAUUUCUUUGGAGAUUUUGGAUUUAUGUUUGGAGGCAAUCCGCGUCAACAAGACAGAAAUGUCCCACGUGGCAGUGACAUAAUAAUUGACCUGGAAGUGACGUUGGAAGAAGUUUAUUCUGGAAAUUUUGUUGAGGUGGUAAGAAACAAGCCUGUAGCACGGCAGGCACCAGGCAAGAGAAAAUGUAACUGUCGCCAAGAAAUGAGAACAACACAACUGGGGCCUGGACGUUUUCAAAUGACACAGGAAGUUGUUUGUGAUGAAUGCCCUAAUGUCAAACUUGUAAAUGAAGAACGCACUUUAGAAGUUGAAAUUGAACCUGGUGUUAGAGAUGGGAUGGAGUAUCCAUUCAUUGGAGAAGGUGAACCCCAUAUUGAUGGAGAGCCAGGCGACUUGCGCUUUAAAAUCAAAGUUCUCAAGCAUCCUAUAUUUGAACGACGAGGGGAUGACCUUUAUACAAAUGUAACCAUUUCUUUAGUUGAAGCGCUCAUUGGUUUUGAAAUGGACAUUACACAUUUGGAUGGCCACAAAGUUCAUAUCAUGAGAGAUAAAAUAACAAAACCAGGAGCAAAGCUUUGGAAAAAGGGAGAAGGCCUUCCAAAUUUUGACAAUAAUAACAUCAAAGGAUCAUUGGUGAUUACUUUUGAUGUGGAAUUUCCGAAGGAGCAGCUAACAGAGGAACAAAAAAAUGGUGUGAAACAGCUCUUGAAACAUGGGCCAGUGCAAAAAGUUUACAAUGGACUUCAGGGCUAUUAAUACAUGAUCUUUAGGCAAAAGAG